CAUCUUUUAAAUAUAACAAAGCCAAAAAUAAUUUUUUGCGAUGGUUUAUAUUAUGAAAAAGUUAAAAAUUGUGAAUCUGCAUUGAAUGCAAAAAUAUUCACACUCUGCAAUCAUUUAACUGACGUACCAAAAGUGGAAGAUUUAUUAGAACCCACAAUGACGGAACACUUCUUUCAACCAGCUACAUUAAAGUAUGGACCUGAUCAGACAAUGGGACUAUUUUGUUCAUCUGGUACCACUGGUCUUCCAAAAGCUGUUUGUAUAUCAAACGAUCAAAUGUUGAAAACCCAUGGUUUCACUAACGGCACUACAGUUAUGUUUUCAUUCUCCACACCAGACUGGACAACAGGACUCUUUAGUGUCCUCUAUAAUACAUUAACUGGUGGCAUACGCAUAAUUACAACGAAACCAUAUUCUCCAGAAUAUUUGAUGGAAAUUAUUAUUAAGUAUGAAGUCAACUUUGUGGGGAUUGGCGCAUUUCAAGCAACUGAAAUAUCGAUUUUGCCUAAUUUCACUAAAGAAAAUUUAAAAAGCCUUCGAUUUAUAUUUAUGGCAGGUGGACACUGCCCAAUAUCUACAUUGGAACGUGUACGUGCCCAACUAACUCAUGGAAUGCUUAUAAAUGGCUAUGGUACAACAGAAUGCGGGGGAUUAGCCGGUAAUAUGAAAAAUUAUAAGAACAAUUCGGUGGCUAGGAUCCUGCCGGAAAUACAAACAAAAAUACUAGAUCAACAAACUGGUGAAAAGUUAGCACACAAUCAAGUUGGUGAAAUUUAUAUGCGUACGUCAAGCAAAUGGAGUGGUUACUAUGGAGAUGUGAAAGCGACUGAAGCUGUCUUAGACGUUGAUGGUUGGGUACGAACUGGAGACUUGGGUUAUAUGGAUGAAGAAAACUAUUUAUAUUUGCUUGAUCGUUGCAAGGAUAUUUUUAAAUACAAGGGCAGACAAUAUUCUCCACAUGAAAUCGAAGAAACUAUACAAGAAUUAUCAGAUGUAUUGGAUGCGUGUGUUUUUGCUGUUUAUGAUGAUGAGUUCAAUGAUUUAGCGGCAGCAGCAGUUGUGAAGAAACCUGGUAGUAACCUAACGGAGGAUGAUGUUGUUAAGUAUGUAAAGCAACAUCAAGAAAAUGAAUGGAAGCACCUGAAUUACGGAGUGUUUUUUGUCGAUGAAAUAUCCAGAAAUGCUAAUGGUAAAGUUUUAAGAAAUAAAAUGAAGGAAUAUUGCUUAAGUUCUAAAUAAAUAAAA